GGCAGCAGCAGCUGUGGACAGUUGGAGGAGUUAGCAUAUUUCUUUAUUUUGCUCUGAAGCCAGAGCUGGCGGUUUCAUGUCGCGCCGUUUGUUUGCACUGAGGCGGAUUCCUGUCCGGGUCUGGGUGUGAGCCUCUUCGGUCGGCGUGUCCCAGGUUAAUCAUGUCUUCGCCUGAGCACGGUGAAACUUUCAGUCAGCUCAAUAAGUUUGAGAAACUGUCGUGGAGGCCCUCCAUCCGCGACUCAGCCACUAAGAAGCGAGCACGGUGGUUUCAGGCCCGGCGCAUCUUCUCCCCUUCCUGCCCAAACCUGCGGAUCCCCAACAGGUUUCUGAGAGAAGGACACUGCAUUCCUCCUGCCCGCAGUGGACACCGCUGUGUAGCAGACAGCACCAACCUGUACGUGUUUGGAGGCUACAACCCAGACUUUGAUGAGGCAGGCGGCUCAGAGAACGAAGACUACCCUCUGUUCAGGGAGCUCUGGCGGUAUCAUUUUGCCACAGCGUCCUGGCAGCAGGUCCGCACAGAGGGGUACAUGCCAACGGAGCUGGCUUCUAUGUCAGCUGUCCUACAUGGGAACAACCUGCUUGUGUUCGGUGGCACCGGGAUUCCAUUCGGUGAAAACAAUGGCAACGACGUCCACGUUUGCAACGUUCAGUACAAACGAUGGAACCUCCUCAGCUGCAGAGGGAAGAAGCCCAACAAGAUCUAUGGACAGGCCAUGGUCAUCAUAAAUGGCUACCUUUAUGUGUUUGGAGGGACGACGGGCUACCUUUACAGCACCGACCUGCACAGGCUGGACCUGACCACCAGGGAGUGGACCCACAUCAAACCCAACAACGCGCCCUCAGACCUACCUGAGGAGAGAUAUAGACAUGAGCUAGCUCAUGACGGGCAGAGAAUAUAUAUUUUUGGAGGCGGGACUUCCUGGACAUCAUAUCCACUAGAUAAGAUUCAUGCUUAUAACUUGGAGACAAACUACUGGGAGGAUAUCAUGACGAAACCCCAAGAAAAAAUAGGAUAUCCCGCCGCCCGUCGAUGUCACAGCUGUGUACAGGUCAAAGAGGAGGUUUUUAUAUGUGGGGGUUAUAACGGAGAGUGCAUCCUGUCAGACCUCUGGAAGCUCAACCUGCAGACUUUUCAGUGGACGAAGCUUCCUGCGAUCAUGCCGGAGCCGGCUUACUUUCACUGUGCUGCGGUCACUCCGGCCGGCUGCAUGUACGUCCACGGCGGAGUCGUCAACAUGUCUGGGAAUCGAAGGACUGGCUCUCUGUAUAAAGUGUGGCUGGUGGUGCCCAGCCUGCUGGAAAUGACCUGGGAGAAACUGCUGAAAACUUUCCCUCACUUAUCCCAGCUGUCCACCCUCCAGCUGCUCAGCCUGGGACUGACGCACACGUUAAUCCAGCGGCUCAAAUAAAGACUGAAUGCAGCGGUAUGUGAUGGCGUAGCACUGACUCUAAGAUGUCUGACGAUUUAGGAUGAAAGGACAAAGCCUGAUGAUGUCAGAUGGUUAUGAAAAUACUUUGAUUGCCUUUUUACUUUAGUCUGAUGUAAAUGUGUGGGUUGUUUUUAAAAAGUGCAAUUUUUUUAAGUUUCUCAGUGUGUCAUAUGUGCACGCAUCCAUUAGAAACCGUGUAGAAAAUAGAAAUUACUGUAUGCUGUUUGUUUUUCACUUCCGCCUUCUUUGGGUUUUUCUUCUUGUUUUUUGGUCGUGGAAACUUGUGGAGCCUGAGAGAUAUUUUAUAAACUCCAAAGACCACUUGUUAAAAGGCUAAAUGAAUGUUGGUAUAGUAGUGAAGUUUUAGCUUUUAUUUAGAGGCAAAGAGACUUUUUUGUCUGUUCUUCCUUUUUUCCUCGCCUCCAAUCCUGAAGUGGAACAGGUUGUGCAGCACUACCCUCAAUCAGUCCUGCUGUUCCCUCUUCAAACCCAGCAGAGGCACCAGUUUGUAGGUCCUGACAUUUAAUUAGAAAGUUUCCAGAUUCUCAGUAAAAAGCAGACUUGUAUUUGUGAUUGCUCUUCACAGUUUAAGUAACACGUUUCAGCCUCAAAGACUCACUGAUUAGGGUGCUGAUGUGGAGCUGCGAUUAAAACUCGACCGUUCAAAUUGAAAAAUGUUCCUCUCGCCGGUCACAAUUAGGCUUUCUGAUCAGAUGAAAACAUGUGACACGGCAUCACUGUGAAAUGUCUUAUGCCUCUUCAAUUUUUAUUCCUCUUUUUUUGGGGGGGGGGAAUGAAAAACACCUGUUUUGAACGCCUGUAGCUCCAGUAUCUAUUUAUUUAGUGCCUUUUGAAUUUCAAAAAGUGGGGUGUGCAAAUUGGUCUGCAAGAGUCAAGUUUGUUUAUUUCAGUCAGUGUGUAGCCCUUUUUUUUUUUUUUUUUUUGUUUUGUUAUUCACCCACUAGGAUUUAGUCGGUGCUCUUCACAAGCUAUGUAUGCAGCAUGUCUGUUAUUUUAAACCCACGAAGCCAUUUUUACUAUUUUAAUCACUGUGCUGCUGUUUUUAUUCUAUUAGAAAUCUUUGAACUGCACCCGACUUGUAGCUGUACCUCCCCAGAAACCCCAACCCAACAUUUCUGUCACGUUCAGUUUUUUCCACUUUAAAGCCAAGAAUUCAUUUCAACUUUUUGUACUGCAACAUGCAUUGUUGAUAUUAUUAUUAUUAUUAUUAUUAUUAUUAUUAUUAUUAUUAUUAUUACUACUAUAUUGUUGUUUAUUUAGAGAUGCUGUGCUUUGGUACUUGGCAAGGAACAUUAACAAACUAGUAACAAGGUGACGUGUGGAAGGUGUACUCAGGAUGUGAAAUACUGUGAUCAGUCUGAUGAGCCGCGCAGACACUCAUCAUUGAAACAUCAGCAGGUUCAGUGUGAAACCAGAUUUAGGCACACCAGCAGUUUUGUUUUGUUUUGGUUACUGUGGACUGUAAAUCUUUGAUACUGUUGUGGUUCUCCUAGUUGCUUUCAUGCAAUUUUUUUUUUUUUUUUUUUUUAAACACAUUUUGCCUUGCAUUGAGCCUUUGAAUUCACGUUAACUGCAACUGUGCUGGUUCGAUAUCAAGCUGCGUUAAUCUGACGGCUAUUCUACUACGAUCCCUUUUGUACACUGCGCCGCACCUCAGUUCCUUUAAUCAUGUCAUGGCCUUAUUCAUUUCUAUUUUGAAGCAUUCUGCUUCACUGCGUGCUCAAACUUAGUAAUUGUACGACCUUGCUUCAGAUUGACAUGUUCAAUAUUUGCAUCAUUUUUUUGAUG